CUGGUGCCCAUCUCCAGCAGCCAUUGGGCGAGAGGCAGGGGACUCCAUGGACAUGCCUCUGGUCUAUCAUACCAAAGGGCAAUUUAGAGUAAUUAAUUCACCUAACAGUCAUGUUUUUGGACUGUGGGAGGGAGCUGGAGAACCUAGAGAGGAUCCACAUGCAUGGGGAGAACAUACAAAGUCCACGCAGAAAGAGCUCAGGCCGGGAUUCGAACCCAGGACUUUCUUGCUGCAAGGCAACCACCAACUGGACCCUCAUACCUGAUAAUUAGGAAUGUUAAUAAAUAUAAUUUAAGACUGAAUUCUGUACUUAUGAUGAUGAUUUUAGGAUAGUUGAACUCUGUAUUUGUUACAGGAAGUCUUUUAUUGUGAAAUUGUGGGUUUGCUUGUUUCCUGUAAACAUGUGAUGAGAUGCUUGAAAGAUUUAAUCAGAAACAUGCUCAGAAAUAAUCUCAUUAAUAAUUUCAUUUUUAUAAUCUGAAUAUAUUCUUCUUCUGCGUGGAUCAGUUUUAUAAGUCCAGGGUGCGACGCAGCUUGAAGGUCAGCUGUUGCUGCCCUCUAGUGGCGGCUGUGUGCCAGUGUCGGACCUCUCCUCCAUUUUGCCUCGGACAGCCGGCGGAGGAGCAGCGGCUUGGAGUGGAUUCUCGGCCCGGUGGAAGGACAGCGUCCCCCGGCGGUGGUUUGAGCUCUCGGCGGCCUGAAGCGGGAUGGCGGCGCUGCAGCGGCUGGCAUUUCGGACGGAGAGGCUUUUCUGAGGAUUUAUUCAUUUAGCGGCCGUUUGCGUAGCGGAGCAGCAAAGAAGGUGUUGGUUCGGCUUCGGAUGGUCAGGUACCGGCUUUGUUCUAAUUCUCGAUGAUUGGCUUUAUGCUGCGGCUCCGGUUGAUCCGCUCAGCGGGUCGCAGUGGGGCCGACAGGCCGCUGCUGCAGCCUCUCCGCCAGCCUGGAAGCACCGCUUGACCGGGACAGCCUCCAUCCGGCCCGGUGGGGGGGGGGGUUAUGUAAUGUGGAUGCUGUGCACGCGCCCGGCGCGCCCCCGUGUGUGUCCGCAGCUGUGAUGGAGCAGAUCCACGCAGGUGGUGGAUGUGCGGGGAUUUGCUAAGUCUCUCUGCGGCUUUGUUCGGGUGGGAGGCGGCAGGGGGCUGGUUCUGUUCGGGCCUAGCUGCAGGUGCAGCGGCCUCGCACGGCCUGCUGGAGCUACCGCAGGAACACAGCCAGAAAUCAGAUUCCCAGCGAGGAUGUGGCAGUGAGCAUGCUCGGGGCGCUGAUCGUCACCAUGGCGUUACUGGGUAGCAGCCAGGCCUGCAAUGGUCAGGAAAACUGUGCAGCCAACAAUGAAUCCAAAGACUACUGUUACUCAGCCCGCAUCCGCAGCACAGUGCUACAGGGGCUGCCUUUUGGUGGCGUGCCCACCGUGCUUGCCCUUGACUUCAUGUGCUUCCUGGUGCUCCUCUUCGUCUUCUCCAUCCUGAGGAAGGUUGCGUGGGAUUAUGGCCGCCUGGCGCUGGUCACAGAUGCAGACAGACUAAAGAAGCGUUUCAGCGACCUGGAGGAGCGGGAAUACGUUGCCUCAGCGAUGCACUCGGAGACUCCUGAUCGCUACGAACGACUCACCUCGGUGUCCAGCUCUGUGGACUUUGACCAGAGAGACAACGGGUUCUGUUCCUGGCUCACAGCCAUUUUCAGAAUAAAGGAUGAGGAGAUCCGUGAGAAGUGUGGCGAGGACGCCGUGCACUACUUGUCCUUCCAGCGCCACAUCAUCGGACUGCUGGUUGUUGUUGGCGUCCUCUCCGUCGGCAUCGUCCUGCCAGUGAACUUCUCUGGGGACCUGCUGGAGAACAACGCCUACAGCUUCGGACGCACCACCAUCGCCAACCUAAAGUCAGGGACCAAUCUCUUGUGGCUCCAUACUACAUUUGCCUUCAUGUAUCUGCUGCUGACAGUCUACAGCAUGAGAAGACACACAUCUAAGAUGCACUACAAGGAGGACGAUCUGGUGAAACGCACUUUAUUCAUUAAUGGCAUCUCUAAGUAUGCUGAGGAGAGUCAGAUCAAGCAGCACUUUGAGCAGGCAUACGAGAACUGUGUGGUUCUGGAGGCUCGGAUUUGUUACAAUGUGGCCAAGCUGAUGGCACUGAGCGCUGAGAGGAAGAAGACGGAGCGCAGUAAGAAGUUCUUCACUGAUCUGAUGGCUAAGGAACACGUUCCAACCAUGAUUAACCCUAAACCCUGCGGACACCUCUGCUGCUGCGCCAUCGCUGGCUGCGAGGAGGAAGAGGCUGUGAGCUACUACACCAAGACUGAGGCUAAGCUAAAAGAGGAGUACAGAAAGGAAAAAGAAAAGGUCCACACCAAACCUCUGGGCAUGGCCUUCGUCACCUUCCAAAACGAGGCCAUGACUGCCAUUAUCCUGAAGGACUUUAACGCCUGUCAGGUUCAGGGUUGUUAUUGUCGCCAGGAGCCUCGUUCCUCUCAGUUCAGCGACGUCCUCCACGUUCACAGCUGGAGCGUAACGUAUGCUCCUGACCCGCAGAAUGUCCGCUGGGAGCACCUAUCGCUGGGCGGGAUCUCCUGGUGGAUCCGCUGCUUCAUCAUCAACUGCAUCCUCUUCAUCUUACUCUUCUUCCUCACUACGCCGGCCAUCAUCAUCUCCACCAUGGACAAGUUCAACGUCACCAAGCCAGUGGAGUAUCUGAACAACCCUAUAAUCACUCAGUUCUUCCCCACCCUGCUGCUCUGGGCGUUCUCUGCUCUGCUGCCUACCAUCGUCUAUUAUUCUGCCUUCUUCGAAGCUCACUGGACCAGGUCUGGAGAAAACAGGACGACGAUGCACAAAUGUUACACCUUCUUGAUCUUUAUGGUUCUGCUGCUGCCGUCUCUUGGACUCAGCAGUCUGGAUGUUUUCUUUCGCUGGCUGUUCGAUAAGAAGUUCCUGGCUGAUGCUAAAAUCCGAUUUGAGUGCGUCUUCUUACCUGAUAACGGAGCUUUCUUCGUCAACUAUGUAAUUGCCUCGGCCUUCAUCGGUAACGCCAUGGACCUCCUAAGGAUUCCUGGUCUGCUCAUGUACAUGAUCCGGCUCUGUCUGGCUCGCUCUGCUGCCGACCGCCGCAACGUGAAGAGGCACCAGGCUUAUGAGUUCCAGUUCGGAGCUGCGUACGCCUGGAUGAUGAACGUCUUCACAGUAGUGAUGGCCUACAGCAUCACCUGCCCCAUCAUCGUCCCCUUCGGUCUCAUGUACAUGCUGCUGAAACACCUGGUGGAUAGGUACAACAUGUACUACGCUUACCUACCCUCCAAACUGGACAAGAAGAUCCACUCAGCUGCAGUGACUCAGGUGGUGGCUGCGCCCAUCCUCUGCCUCUUCUGGCUGCUCUUCUUCUCCACUGUACGCACAGGCUUCGAGACACCCACCUCCAUGUUCACUCUGGUGGUUCUGGUCGUAACCAUCGUUGUCUGUCUGUCCCACGUCUGCUUUGGACACUUCAAGUACCUGAGCGCCCAUAACUACAAGAUCGACACAAAGGAGAGCAACGUGGAUGCUGUGAAGAAUGGACGACCUGCCCGGACUUCGUCCUCUCCAACCACCAAAUCUCAGCAGCAGCAAGCACCACAGCAGCAGAUGUACAUCGCCCAGGUUCUCCAGGAUCCAAACUCAGACGAGCCAGGCGGCGGCAGCAGUGAGGAGGACCGGGGCUCGUCGCAGGACGAGGAGAUGCUGAAUGGAGGGAACAGCAUCAAUGAGGCGGAUUUCCAGUCAGGGGAGGACAGUCUGAUCGCCAACGAGGUCCACCAGUAGCUGGAGGCGGAGCUAGAGGGAGGGGUGGAGCUAGCCACACCACAGCUACAAAUAAAGCUAACUGGAGAUUUACUGUUCGCACUCAAACAGUAGUGUGGCUAGGUUAGCCCCGCCCUCUCAGCUUGAAGACUCGACCCUGACCUUUGACGCCGGCGCUGGAUCGCCACCAUCCAGCCCUCCACAGGAAGUCACUGUACAUACCCACAAAGCCAAAACUGUUGUUCGUAUUCUGGGUGAGGUUAGGGUUCAACUUGUGCCUGGGCUGGUUUCCGUUUGUUCGCACUCGUGUCUUGAUCCCUGAUGAUCCCUGAUCCAUUCGAAGGUUGUCAGGACUCAACCUUUUCCUCGCCAUCAUCUGGCCGACAUCCCAGGACGAAUGUCCGUUCUUGGCAUCAGACUGAUAAACAAACUUCCCGCCUGUCCGUUCUUGUAGCCAUAGAAGCCUCGCUUAUGCAGAACCGUUCCUCCUUCCUCCGAUAUUUGGUCUGCACAUCAGACUUUUAUAUUUUCGGUUGACUCGCCCAAGCUUCGCGAUGCAUGUUGUUGUAAGUGAUAUCGCCACCUAGGGACGAUGUCAUUCAUCACAGGAACAAAAUCACCCUGUUUUAAUCCAGAUCUCGACAGCUUGUCUAUCCAGCUGCAGAAUGAGCUGUUUGUUCCUGAACCGGCGGACUCAGCCCGCAGAUCCGUUCCCCCCCGGCCUAACUUAAGUUGUGAAUAAGGGAACCCGGACGUUGGUGUCUGUGUAGCUUAGAACCCAACCCUUUCUAAGACUCUCGGACUGUACUGGCAGCCGCAGAGCGUCGGAUGUCUGGAAACACAGAAGAGCAGUGCUCGUCUGGUCUGGUUCUGAUCCCUGAAGCUGUCUGGACUCUCAAGGGAAAUGUAUUCUGUUUUGUCUGUUGUGAAUUGUGUGUGUGUGUGUGUGUGUGUUUGGCUGAUUGUUCUCCAGCUUUCACCUUGUGCGCUUCAGCAGUCGCUCCAGGUAACAGGAACACCAUGAGAAGAUCCGGUUGCUCUCAGACUGAUCCUACAUGUUUCUGUCUCUGUGGUAGAAGAUGAUGAUCUGUUCUGGUUGACAUCAGCACAUGCCAGUCAUCUCAUUUCACUGCAUCACUGCUGCAGGUCCAACUGUCUUCUUGGUGUGUCCAUCAUCCAUUUAGCUCUGUUCAGCAUUCCUUCUCCUUCCUGGUGAGAUCGUGGAUCAGAGAAGGAUGAGAGCAUUGAGGAUCUGGAUGAUCUGAACCCUGUUGAUUACUGAUUAAGGUCAAAGGUGAUCGCAGUGAAGCAUGACUUGGUUGCUCCCUGUCAAACAGGUGACGAAUGCAGCUCACGCAGGUGCAUGUUUUUAAAUAGUUGCUAUUUCCAGCCUGACCACCAGAUGGCAGUAGAUGUUCCAAACUGUUCCUUUAAAACGUUUCAGUGAUCCUAUCGGAUCAGAACUUUUUUGUUGCAAUACAGCUCUAGGCUACCUUCUACAGGACAGUUUUCCUGAAACAUUGAUUUGUUUUUUCUCCCUUAAAAUUUCUGUUUGGUCCACUUCAACGCGGUGUUUUCCACCCGGUUCCCUCAGAUCUAACAUCUUCCAGGUCAUUUCCUGAUGCUUUGGCAGAACCACUCCUUCAUUUCUAUCUACUUGUAAACCAGUUUUGGUUGACCAACUUGUGCUGGCCCGGUCCGAAGUGAAUUUAGUCCAUUUGGGGUUGUCAACCCACCGAUGCCCAUGUUAACAUUUUACUGAGUUGAACUGAUGAGUACCUUUGUUGGUUUCCACGGUAACAGGAAACCUCCUGUUGAGUGCGAUGAUGUGGUGACGAUGUAGUUUCAGGUGUUUGUUUUUCCUGAGUUAAUGUUUACAUCUGUUUGGUGUGUGUGUGUGUGUGUGUGUGUGUGUGUGUGGGACACUGAGCUGAACUAUGAAAGCUGCAGCCAGCCGGUCCUCGGUGACUGCACGCUGGAGAACCUGCAGCAUUUGUGUCUAUGUUGUUGCGUUACCUUGGCCCUGAUUGUACACACAGUAACCAGAACCUGCAGAAGGUUUUUGCAGUGGAUUUGGGUCAGAAUCUAAGGUUUUUUCGUUCUGCUCAGAACCUCCAGAACCCCCUGGUUUGGGGUUUGCAUUGAAGACCCUAAAUUCUGCCUCCUAUGCGUCUCAUCUGAUUCCAAUUGGAGAUCAGUCUGAAGGUGAUCAGAAGUAAAUAUUGAUGCAAACUGACCUGAGAAACCAGCAGACUCCUGGUAGGUCUGCUCUGAACCUGUCCGCUGGGUUCUGGUUCUGAGGAGCUGAACCUGGAGACGUGGUUAAAAGUCUGUGUGAUAUUUUUGUAUCUUGCUGAAGUAUUUGAUACUGAACCUGUGUUAAAGAAGAAGCUGUGAAGACUCUGUGGAAGGUUUUUAAAAUCCGACACGUUUUGCUUUUCUUAGUUUUUUAAGACGUUGCCGGAGCGACUGAAAUAUAAAGCUAAAGUCAGCUGAGAGCUGCAGAAAAUAAACGAGAUGAUGAACUGUGUAAAUAGCCAUGGGACUGCUUCAUGUCAGGCUUUAUUUAUUGCUGUGACACUAUUUAUUUUUACUCUGCUCUCCAGAUGUACAGUGAAACCUUUGUCCUAUUUAUGUUCCAUGAUCAAUAAAGAAGCUGGCUCCCA